AUGGGCGUCACCGGCCUUUGGACUGUCGUAGCACCCACCGCGCGACCUACUCAACUCGCCUCUCUCAAUCGCAAACGCCUUGCCGUUGAUGCGUCGAUAUGGAUCUACCAAUUCCUCAAGGCAGUUCGAGAUAAAGAAGGCAACGCCCUCCGAAACAGCCAUGUGGUGGGGUUCUUUAGACGAAUAUGCAAGCUGCUUUACUUUGGCAUUAAACCGGUCUUCGUAUUCGAUGGAGGAGCCCCUAUACUCAAGCGCGAGACCGUCAGGAAGAGAGCUCGAAGACGGGAGGGCCGACGUGAAGAUGCUGCGCGAACAGCUGGAAAGCUGCUUGCAGUCCAAGUAGCAAGGGCUGCGGAGGAAGAAGAGAAGAGAAGACGAGCCGAAAGAGAACGUACCCCAAUGGAAGAGGAGUUGCCUCCUGAUCAAGAGCUUGUGUACGUCGAGGAACUGGGUAUGACACCGAAACAAAGGCUGGCCGGAAGGCAAUUCAAGAAGAAAGACCAGUACCACCUACCAGAUCUCGACGUCAGUAUUGAAAGCAUGGGUGCACCUAAUGACCCGAGAAUCAUGUCACAAGCAGAGCUGGAGGAAUAUGCUCGACAGUUUCACAGUGGAGAAGACAUCAAUCUUUACGAUUUCAGCAAGAUCGAUUUUGAGAGCUCAUUUUUCCUAUCCCUUCCGGCUGGUGAUCGCUACAAUAUCCUAAACGCCGCCAGAUUACGCUCAAGACUUAGAAUGGGUUAUUCGAAAGAACAGCUUGACGGAAUGUUCCCAGAUCGCAUGGCAUUUUCGAAAUUUCAGAUCGAGCGUGUCAAAGAGAGGAAUGAGCUCACACAGAGAUUGAUGCACAUCAACGGAAUGGCCGAAGAUUUCUUGAACCAAGGAGGAAGGAUUGCGGGCGAGAAAGGGAAAGAGUAUAUCUUGGUGAAGAAUGACGGAGUUGACGGUGGUUGGGCUCUUGGUGUCGUUUCAAAUAAGCAGGGAAGCAAGAAGGAAAACGCGAUUGACCUAGAUGAUGAGGAGAAGUCGGAAGAUUUGACACGAGACUCGGCUGAAGACGAGGAAUUUGAAGAUGUCGCGAUCGAGGGCCUCAACAGGAUCCCCAAGAUGUGGCAGCGCAAAAGGAAAGCUCCGGAUGACGAUAUAUCUCAUGAAGAUGCGGUGGCUGAGAUUGCUAGGAAGCGAAAGGCGGUGUAUGAAGCACGAAAAGCCACUGCGAAUGCCCCCACGCAGGUCCCAUCAGCCCCCAAGACCGCGGAUACUAAUGACGACACGCUUUUUGUGCCACAGGAUAAGACAGCCGAGGACGAGGAAGAUGAAUUGUUUGAAGACGACGACUUACAGCGUGCCAUUGCAAUGUCUUUGGAACAACCGACAGAUGAUGAUGGCCUUGCGGGUGGCUUUGUUGGGGAUGAGACAACCCAUCAGACUCCGGACCUUGAUCAGGAUGAUGGCUUCGAUUUGCAGGCGGCCCUAGCAGAAUCUAGACAGUCCAAGCCUCAAGCGAAGACCGAUGUCAGAGAAAGAAACCUAUCAUCGCAUCUGACCGUCCCCAUGCCCAAAUUCGACGGCCCCUUACCGUUCGAGUCUUUGAACCUUGGGGAAUCGCUUCUGGGCAAGAAAAAGUCGAAGAAAAUCGAAGAGGAUUCGUCUGGAGGCUUUGAACGAGAACUUGGCGAUGAGGCAUUCCGAAAAGAACGACCGUCUCAACCUAUGCCUGCUUGGUUCAAUGCUGCUCCUAGCACCAAGGAUCUCAAACACACUGUCGAGUCCGAAGGACCAGAUGUGGAUGAUCACAUUACAUAUGGACAAGACGAUUUCGAUAGAAGGGAAACCAUUCGCCGGCAAAAUACUAAAGAAAUCAUUGAUCUUGAAGCAGUAGAGGGACACAAUGAAGGCAGAUCUCCCAUCAAUCUGGAUGAAGAUGAUGAUGAAGAUCUGCACGAGUUGACUCGGCACUCUCACCACAUCGAUUUUGGUCUAGAUAUGACAAGCCAAACUGAAGACGCUGGUUGGGAUGAGCUCGAAGACGCUGAGAAGCGUCGACGCGAUGAGGAACGUGAGAAACGCUACGAGAUGGAUCGACAAAUUGAGGCCGAAAAGGAGCCCAGACCCGAGGAAGAUUCGAUCGUUGAGCCGCCAGAGAAAGAUACAGUCCAUCCUCAUCAGCCUUCGGCCACGGCUGAACGUGACCAUGAACCAUCUCCGCCGAAGGACGGUGAAACUGCUGCAGCGGAGAGUGAUUUCGAGGUCGAAUGGAGUGAAUCCGAGAUUGAUGAUCCAGGCAGGUCUGGAUCUCUUGGCACCGUGGUUGAUGAUUCUCCGGGCUCAAAAUCACCGCACAAACCUUAUGCAGUGGUGGAAGAGCAGGACGACGACGAAGGCGAGGAUUUUGAAGACGUGGACAUGCGACCUCGCGACGCAUCACCCGAAAGCCAAGGUAUAAACAUGACUACCCAAAAAUCGACCCCGGAUGCAGAUCUCAACCCCGUGCCUAAUUUGGAUGACCUCUUUGCUGGAGAAUCUGGUACGGCUCAAGCUACGGCGCCACUCGUUGAAGAAGAAUUCGAAUAUCUUUCCGAAUCUGAAGAAGAACUAAUGCGCCAACUCGCCAUUGAAGCCGAGGAACACGCACGCUUCGCUUCCUCGCUCAACAACCAGAAGACGACAGCCCAGGCCGUUCGAGAUUACGAGAACGAGCUGAAACAACUGCGUAAUCAGCAAAAGAAGGACCGCCGUGACGCCGACGAAGUCACCCAUGUCAUGAUUCAAGAAUGUCAGGCCUUACUCCGACUUUUUGGUCUUCCAUACAUCACGGCACCGAUGGAAGCGGAAGCUCAGUGCGCCGAACUCGUCCGUCUGGGUCUCGUUGACGGGAUCGUCACCGACGACUCGGAUAUUUUCCUCUUCGGCGGAACACGCAUCUACAAAAACAUGUUCAACACCGCCAAGUUUGUCGAAUGCUAUCUCGCGUCAGAGCUGGAGAAGGAAUUCCUACUCGAUCGACGACGCUUAAUCCGCUUCGCGCAUUUACUUGGGAGCGACUACACGGAAGGCAUCCCAGGCAUUGGGCCCGUCACGGCGCUGGAGAUCCUCACUGACUUCGAAACCCUGCAGGAGUUCAAGGACUGGUGCUCCCAAGUCCAGCUUGGAAGGCCGCAGGAUCUGGAAAACAAGCUUACGACGCCAUUCCGGCGCAAAUUCAAAAAUACCGUGCAGAAACGGCUCUUUCUCCCCACAGGGUUUCCAGAUCCGAGAGUCGACGAGGCUUAUCUAAAUCCAGAGGUCGAUUCAAACACUGAGCCCUUCCAAUGGGGUGUGCCUGAUUUGGAUAAGCUACGGUCCUUCCUCAUGGUCACGAUCGGCUGGUCCCAAGAACGGACGGACGAGGUCCUGGUGCCCGUUAUUCGCGAUAUGAAUAAACGUGAGGUCGAAGGUACGCAGAGCAAUAUCACGAGAUUCUUCAGUGGGGGUCUCGGGAUUGGUGGACGCGCGAACGGUACUGUUGGCUCCGGACUUGCUGUUGGUGGUGACGGGGCCGGAAAUCCUGAAGCCAUGGCGCCGAGAAAUCGGACGGGUAAAGAGUCGGGACGUAUGAGGAAUGCGUUCAAGAGGUUGCGUGGCGAGGCAGAGCGGAGGAGGAAAGGGAGAGAACUGGAGGUUGAUGAAGAGCAAACAUACGAGCUGGACGAGAGCGAAAUGGUGGAGGGUGUGGGUGAGCCUGUUGGGAUUCCAGGUGACGUUAGCGAUGGUAACACAGAGAAAGAGGAUGACCAUGUGACAUCGAACCCGAGAAGGGGAAAGACAUCGAAAUCGGGACGUACUCGACAUGAGGAGAGGAGAGACGGCUCUGGUUUGCAGACUGAAGACCGCGAUCUGAGCGAGCAAAUGAAUUCCUACUCAGAUGAAGAUGCAGAUUUUGCCGCUGACGAGGCGCCGGCGCGAAGCACGAAGUCGCGGUCGAAGUCGAAAACGAAAAGCAACUCCAAAUCGAAUGCGAGAGGACAGAAAAUGAGAAAAGCUACGUAG